AUGUCGUAUUUCUUUGCGACCCCGGUCGAUAUCGACAUCGUUCUCGACGAUGCCGACCAACGGUCGAUGGUUGACGUCAAGCUGGACAAGAACCGGCGCGAAAAGGCGCCGUUGUACAUGGAUGGCGAGUCGGUCAAGGGCGCCGUGACGGUGCGGCCAAAGGACGGCAAGCGGUUAGAGCACACGGGCAUCAAGGUGCAGUUUAUCGGCACAAUAGAGAUGUUCUUCGACCGGGGGAACCACUACGAGUUCCUCUCUCACAACCAGGAGCUUGCGGCGCCAGGCGAGCUCCAGCACCCGCAGACCUUUGACUUCAACUUCAAGAACAUCGAGAAGCAGUACGAGUCCUACAACGGCAUCAACGUCAAGCUGCGCUACUUUGUGCGCGUGACCGUGUCGCGCCGCAUGGCCGACGUGAUCCGCGAGAAGGACAUCUGGGUGUACAGCUACCGCAUCCCGCCCGAGAUGAACAGCAGCAUCAAGAUGGACGUCGGCAUCGAGGACUGCCUGCACAUCGAGUUCGAGUACAGCAAGAGCAAGUACCACCUCAAGGACGUCAUCGUCGGCCGCAUCUACUUCUUGCUCGUGCGCCUGAAGAUCAAGCAUAUGGAGCUUAGUAUCAUCCGCCGUGAGACGACGGGCGCCGCACCAAAUCAGUACAAUGAGAGCGAGACCCUGGUGCGGUUUGAGAUCAUGGACGGCUCACCAUCAAGAGGAGAGACCAUCCCCAUCCGUCUGUUCCUCGGCGGGUUCGACCUGACGCCGACCUUCCGGGACGUCAACAAGAAAUUCUCCACCCGAUACUACCUCAGUCUAGUUCUGAUUGAUGAAGACGCGAGGAGGUAUUUCAAACAAUCAGAAAUCAUCCUAUACCGCCAGGCACCCGAGUUGGCCAACGGACAAGGAGAGACGGCGUUGCCGGCGCCGCCACCGGAAAACAAACAAAUAAUGGCCACCCCGCCGCCAGCGUAA